UCACCAACACACAAAUAAGGUACAACACAUUCAGAGCAUUUUCGUUCGUACGAAUCCUUUAGGGUUUUACCGUUUCCGAUCGGUCGUCAGUCCUUGUGCCACCGUCUCCGACCGCCGUGCUGCCGAUUGAAGCACAUUCAAUCGCCGAUCUUCGUUCGUUUUCAAGAGCACAUUCAUUUUCUUACUGUUUGCAGUAAGGGAGGGGAUAUGGAGAAUAGUUCUGGUGAAGAGUCUGAGUUCAGUGAUUCCGAGAUUGCUGAUUACAAAGAUAAGCCGUAUCAGCAGUUACGGGACGGAACACUAAAGGUUAAGUAUUCGAAUGGCAUCCUUAAGUGUCCAUUUUGUGCUGGGAAGAAGAAACAAAAUUUCAAGUACAAAGAUCUACAUCAGCAUGCUUCAGGAGUAAGCAAAGGUUCUUCUAAUCGUAACGCAAAGCAAAAAGCUAAUCAUCUUGCUUUAACACUAUACCUCGAGAAUGAACUGGCACAUGAGGCCGAAACACCGUUAAAAGCUGCAGCUCCCGCAGCUGCAGCUACAGUUUCUGAUAAAAAGGAUUUGUUUUGCUGGCCUUGGACCGGGAUCGUGGUCAAUGUGGUCAAAGAGCCCGAUACUGAAGAUGAUAUUGAAAACACCGGAUACUGGAUGAAAAAAUUUGCAAAGUUUAAGCCUGAAGCGAUUGAGCUGUUAGCAGCGGAUGAUGCAAACCAAUCUGCACAAGUGUUGGUGAGGUUCAACAAUGAUUGGAUUGGUUUCAAGAACGCUAUGGUGUUUGAGAAAUAUUUUGAAGCUUCUCAUCACAGUAAGAAAGAGUGGAGUGAUGCUGAAAGUCCAAAAGAUUCGAAAAUUUACGCGUGGUUAGCUCGUGCAAAUGAUUUUGAGUUACAAGGUGCGAUAGGAGAUUAUCUUCGCGCCAACAGAGAGCUGAAAACGGUAGCUGACCUUGAUCAAGAAGCUGUACAAACCAGAAACAAAGCUGUGGUUAUGUUAGCGAGUGAAAUUGACAUGAGGAAUGAAAAUAUCGAUGAUUUGCAGAUCAAGUUUAAUCAGAAAUCCAUGUCUUUGAGUAGGAUGAUUGAAGAAAAAGAUAACCUUCAUCAAGCUUUCUAUGAAGAGACAAGAAAAAUGCAGCGGCUUGCGCGGGAACAUGUUAAAAGGGUAUUGGAUGAACAAGAAAUGUUGAAUGCUGAGUUGGAGAAACGAAAGAAGAAACUUGAUGCAUGGAGCAAAGAGCUUAAUAAGAGAGAAGCCCUAACAGAACGCGAGAAACAAAAACUAGACGAGGAGAAACAAAAGAAUGACAUGCAAAAUAGUUCUCUGCAUAUGGCUUCUAUAGAGCAGAAAAAAGCUGACGAGAGUGUCUUAAGGCUGGUUGAAGAACAAAAGAGAGAGAAAGAGGAGGCUUUGAAGAAAGUUCUUGAGUUAGAGAGACAGCUAGACGCCAAACAAAAACUAGAAAUGGAAAUUGAAGAACUGAAAGGGAAACUGCAGGUGAUGAAACAUUUGGGUGAUGAAGAUGAUACUGCAGUUCAAGAACAGAUUAAAAAGAUGAAUGAUGAGCUGCAAGCAAAGAUGGAAGAAAUGGAUGGCGUGGAAGAAUUGAAUCAAACCCUUGUUGUUAAAGAACGCCAAAGUAAUGAUGAAUUGCAAGAAGCCCGCAAAGAGUUGAUUAAGGGCAUGCAAGAUAUGUUAGGUACACGUGCCAACAUUGGCGUUAAGAGGAUGGGAGAUAUCGAUUUGAGUGCUAUCCAUGAGUUGACGAUAAAGAAGCUCAAGGAGAGAUAUGACGCUGAAGAAGCACAAAUCAAAGUCACCGAAUUGUGCUCUUUGUGGCAAGACCGACUUAAAAAUCCAGACUGGCAUCCAAUGAAAGUUGUUGCAUUUGAUGGUGCACAUAAGGAAGUGAUCGAUGAGAACGAUCAAUUGCUAAAAGAUCUAAAGGCAGAAUGGGGGACUGGAGUCUAUGAUCUUGUUGUCACUGCAUACAAGGAGAUGAAUGAAUAUAAUCCUAGUGGCAGAUAUGUCAUUAGUGAGCUCUGGAAUUUUAAGGAAAACCGAAAAGCUACACUAAAGGAGGUUAUCAGCUACAUUCUGAAGAACGUGAAGAGCCUCAAACGGAAAAGGGGAUGAGAUGGCUGAGCUGGCAGUUUUAGGACGGCGUUAGUGAAGCGUUCGGUAUUAGCACAUCCUUGUUUUCUCUAUGAACUUGUUCGAAUCUUUGUCAUAUCGUAGUAGACGCCUUGAUGGCAUUCGACAAUUAUAUAUUCUGCCCCUUGCUGCCAUUUGGGCUUCCUUGAACCUGCUGUUUUAUCAAAUACUACUAUCAUGUAAAAUAUUAACUACUAUUAAGGUCUCGGGUAAUGUGUCAA